AUGUCUUGCUUGAAAAUGAUGUCUGAAUUAACCCAAGUCCUUAAUGAUCAUUCCUACAAUGUCAUUAAGCCCAUGUUUAGCAUAGGACAAAAUACAUACAUCGAAGUACAACAUAGACAACAUAACCAAUUUUUCGUUUGCAAGAUUACCGAGUCCCCGAAAAUCUUUGAAAUCGAAAACAAGAUCCUCUCACGUAUCUCACACAAAAACAUCAUCAAAGUUUUCGAAAAAUUCCAAGAGAAACAAUUUAAUUUUACAAUUUUAGAACAUUUCAUGCCUGUAUCAUUAGAAAAGAUUGGUGUAAUACCAAAAGAACAGAUUAGAAUGUAUUCUCUUCAAAUUUUAUGUGCUCUGGAACAUUGUUCUUCUUAUGGAAUCUAUAUUGGAAAUCUUUCUCCAAAAACAAUUUUUAUUGACAAAUACGGAAUGAUCAAGUUCGUUGACUUCCAACAUGCGAUGCUAAUUCCAAAGCGUUACUGCACCAGAUUUUCAAUAACAACGCAAUUUCCAGCUCCAGAGAUUGUUCAAGGAAUUCCGUUCAACCCGAAGGCAGCAGACAUGUGGUCAAUCGGAAUUAUCCUGUUUUAUAUGGUAAAUGGCACUUAUCCAUGCAAAGAAUUUACAAAUGCUGAAGAAUAUAUGGCCAGCGUAGAGAAUAUCAAAUCCAUAUUCCAGUUCAAUGAAGACAUGCUUCAUGCAGAUAUAUUAAUCAAUCUUUUCCAGACUGAUCCAAAUAUUAGAGCUACUCUUGAGGACGUUCGCAAAGUUUUCGGUUUAGUUACAAUUAAACUCCAGAGGAAAUCACUAGAAGUUAAUAAAACAUGCGUUGAAGUCGCUAUUCGUAGACGUGCUAAGGUUAGACCUGUUCAUCUAAAUAGCUACGCCGAAGUUAAGUCAUAUUUCAAUUCUGUUUGA